UCCACAUUCCUCGCCACGCACCGGUGCAGACGGAGAUAACAUUCAUUUCACUGCUCGGCAAAAGCAGCAUUAUUAAAGUAAUUGUAAUCGUCGAGUGCACAGAGACACUUUACCUCUGAUAUAAAAGGACGCUCUUUCACACAUUAACCACACAGUGUUGCAUAAACCGAUGUUAGGUUAAGAAUUUGCAAGACACGAGGGGGGUGGCAUCCCGAGUCAUUCAUUCCACUUCUGCAGACGCAGCGCGACGCUUCCCGCAAAGUUGCUUCAGGGAGACGACUCGACAGCCGACAUCGCGCGGAGACAAAAAACGCAAUUGCAGUCAUGGCGAAAGUUGGUGAGGCUAUCACGCUCUGCAAUGGUGCUAAGAUGCCCAUGAUCGGUUUGGGGACGUGGAAGAGUGAGCCAGGCAAGGUGAAGGCAGCCGUGGCGUCGGCGCUGAACUCGGGAUACCGGCACAUCGACUGCGCCGCCGUCUAUGGGAACGAGGCGGAGGUUGGAGAGGCCCUGAUGGAGUGUUUCGGUGCUGGGAAGGCAAUCGCCCGGGAGGAUGUGUUUGUGACGUCAAAACUUUGGAACACCAAGCACCACCCGGAGGAUGUGGAGCCGUCGUGCCGGAAGAGUCUGCAGGACCUCAAGCUCGACUUUCUUGACCUCUACCUCAUUCACUGGCCCCACGGAUUCGAACGCGGCGACAUCGCCUUCCCCAAAAACGAGGACGGCACGGUGCGCUAUGACUACACGGACUACCGCGAGACGUGGCGCGCCAUGGAGCGCCUGGUGGAAGGCGGCCUCGUCCGCGCCAUUGGCCUCUCCAACUUCAACAGCCGGCAGAUCGACGAGAUCAUCGCCAUCGCUACCGUCAAACCCGCCAUCUUGCAGGUGGAAAGCCACCCUUACCUAUCUCAGAAGGCUCUGCUGACUCACUGCACGGCACGAGGGGUGGCCCUCACGGCCUACAGCCCACUCGGCUCGCCCGACCGCGCGUGGCGCCAGUCUCACGAGCCCGUCGUGUUGGAGGAGCCCGCUAUUCGCUCGCUUGCCGACAAGUACGGCAAGUCCCCCGCCCAGGUCAUCAUUAGGUGGCAGGUACAACGAGGUGUCUUGGUCAUCCCGAAGAGUGUAACUCCAUCCCGAAUCGUGGAGAACAUUCAGGUUUUUGACUUCGCUUUGACGGAGGAGGAAAUGGAUCAGAUAGGUUCCCUCGACAAGAACUGGCGCUACAUCGUGCCCAUGAUUGAGGCUGAUGGCAAGAUGAUUCCCAGGGACGCUGGGCAUCCACACUACCCCUUCAACGACCCCUACUGAGCUGGGAUUUUCUUGCCUCUGUCGUCCCUGGCAACCCCCCCCCCCCCCCCGCAAAAGCACAAUGGAGAGAAAUUAUUAGAUAUCUCCGUCCCCACUGCCAUCCCCUGCAAAUGAAAUUUGUGACAAUUGUAGGAGACGAAUGCAGGCACUGUUGUAUGUCCUUUCAAGUUGCUUGACUAAUUAACUAAGCAAGUAAUGUCACCAUGGUGUGUUUUGCAUGAUUGGCUAUUCCGUCAACUUAAGUUUGGCUACAUUGGGUUAUAUUCCAGGGGCAUGUUGCACAAAACACCUGAGCUGGACGUUUCCUUUCAUUUGUUUGUUUUUGUAGUGGUAUGUUGUUACUGCCACGUAUUGUUGCCCCUGAUGUCUCAAAUAUUGGCUUCAAGCAUACCACUGAUUUUUUUUAAAAUCCAUACCUGAUUUAACAAUGUUUGCCAAUGCAUUGUUUGAAUGAUCAUCUCAAGCUUCGAUUAUAAAUGGUAUUCACGUCAACAUAAAAGUACUUUUCUGAAAUAUAAAUGUUCAACUAUUUGAUUUACUACGAUUUUCUGGAAUCAUACUGUACACAUAAAAAAAAAAGUAUUUGUUACUAAUUGCCAAAUGUCUUGUGAACUGUUGAUAGUGAUUGUGACAGUUUUUGCUCGGUAGACAUGGGGGCUUUUCGAAUGUGCAAGAGUGAUGUUCAUUGAUAAUGUGACCACACAUUUUGAGCCCACAGAGCCUCUGUCAGUUUGUGUUGCUGGCUUGAAUUAAUCAUAACAUAGCUGUGCCUUAAUCCCACAUACAAAGCAGUGUCCUGCAUUAGCAAAUAAUUCCUUUUUGAGAGUUUACAUCGUAGGUGCCUGCAAUGCAGGCACGUCCCAGAAUUUAUUCUUGUAGGCGUAUUCAAACCUCGACCUUACAGGGUAACAAACAUCCACUAAACUCGCCUUCUAUUCGUGUAGUCCAUGGUAGAGAAACCUUUCCUAAAACCUGUCUGCUCACGUGGUUGGUAGAAAGGUAGUUCAACAGAUCAAACGUUUGUGAGGCUUUCAUCUAGCAGUGGAUUGAUCAUGACUGACGUAUGUGUACAUAAUUUCAGAAUAUUGAUUCUAGUUAAAGUUUGGUCUUCUUGGUUAGCCAGCAUGUGGGGAAUUUCUGCCACCCAACUUUCUUGUGCAACUGCAGAAAUAAUUUAGCGCAUGGGUUUUUUUUCACUUUAGAUACCAAAUUGUUUCCAGUUCUUAACAGCUCACAGUAAAACUGGGCAGCCACAAUAAUAUCCUGCAAAAUGAGCUGUUCACAAUUUAACUUGCAAGCAGAAUACUUCAUAAACCCAUAUUCCAUCAGUGUAUAGCUGCAGAGCUGUGAUGGAAAAAACUGGUAAAUUAAUAAGGUUCCACGCAGCCAGUUGAGUUAUGUUUGUCCCUUGAGCAAAUUCUACCGCAUACUGGGAGCUACAAUCCUCUAGCCAAGAGCCAUAUUCAGGUUUCGUGUUGUACCAUGAUGUGGCCACUUGGCCGUAUACUAUGGGACGAUAUGUCUGUUUUUCCGGAAUGGAGAAGUUGAUAGGAUGUUAAAAUGUUAGCCAGUUGUAGUGGAGUUGGACUGCAAUCUUUACUGGAAGUUUGAAAAUAACUGCACUGAAUUACACUGCCAUCUCGGUGGUGAUUUGCACAAAACGCUUAAUGACAUUUUUCUCUUGGCAACAUACAGAGGUCAAAAGAAAUAGUACAACAUAGCAAGGUGUGUUUAUUUUGCAACAGGUUGUGCACCUGUUAUUGUCAAAGCACGGUGAGGUUUUAUUCACAGUCAUUUUCUGGAGUAAAUUAAAAUCCGAUUUGUUCAGUGUAUAAAAUUAUAAAUGCAUUCAUAGUUUUGACCAUGUUUGCCCACAUAAAUAUUUACUCCAAUGUAAAAAACAACAACCUGUGUUUAAACUGUUCCUCUCAUAGUCAAAUACUUUAGUUCAUACACCUGCGCCUGGGCUGCAUUAUCUGUUCUGUGUUUUUUUUCCUGACAUCAAACACGUGCUGAAGAUGGACGUAUUAUGGCCGUGCUGCCAUCCUGCUGGAGAGACGUCAGUCUCAUGUCAUGUAACGCUCCAGUUCUGUACGGUAUUUGAAUCCAAUUGAAAUUAAAUAUUUCCUUCAAAAGGU